UCGCGGUUUGGUGUGAGAAGUGAUUACCAAAACUAUGUCAUCAAACGGUUGGCAGAGUUUGGCCGGAAGUAUAAGUUAUUCGGCGCACAGACAGUGGUGUCGACCGCCGACUGUCUUACCCGUGAGGGGGCUGAGCGACUCGUGUCAGAGGCGGGACAGUUGGGUCCCAUUGGAGGGGUGUUCCACUUGACUCUACUAUUACACGACAGUCUUAUUGAAUCUCAAAGUGUGGAGAAUUUUACGGAAACUGUAGAAAAUAAGAGCAAAAUAUUUGCCCAUUUGGAUCAGGUGACCAGGGCACUUCCCUAUAAACUCGAUUAUUUCGUGGUGUUCUCAUCACUGGCCUGUGGUAAGGGAAAUGCCGGUCAGUCUAACUACGCGUUUGGGAACUCCAUGUGUGAACGCAUUUGCGAAGAGAGGCGUAGGGUUGGUCUGCACGGACUGUCCAUACAAUACGGACCCAUUGGUGAUGUGGGCGCACUGUCUGAAAAGGACCAGGCUGUUCAGUUGUCUAACCUGCGUAAACAGCGCAUUAAUUCUGUGUUGGAAGUACUGGAUAAGUUGCUGGCUGUUAAUAAGACAAUUGUUACCUCUUUUGUUAAAGCUGAACGCAUUAUGCAAUCGGGUAGUCGUCAAAAACGUAUGGUUAAAGAGUUAUGGCGUGCGCUCGGCAUAGACCCGGACACUACUCCCGAUCACUUAACCCUCGGGGAGAUUGGGUUGGAGUCGAUGUUUGCGGUGGAGUUACAGCAGGAACUGGAGAGGGAGUGGAACAUCAAGAUGUCUAUAAAUCAC